AUGGACGAAGCUCGAGUGAAGGCCUUCCGCGCUUUGAAGCCGCCGUGCGUGGAACUUAGUCAAGUGGCCUUGCGGUACAAGGGCAAGAAAGCUACCACGAAAGAUAUCAUCAACUCCCUAGAGAGCCUUCACGAGACCAUUAAAAGCAUCAGCGGUCAAGGCAAUGCUCUAGACUCCAAGCUGGCUGAUUAUGUCUUCUUCCCCCUUUCGCACAUCUUUGGCGACAGCAAAAACUUGCCAGUCCGAGCUAUAGAAGUCGCCCUACAAUGCCUACAGAUUCUCAUCUCGCAGGGCUGGGGGAAUCAGCUAUUAUCUGAAUUGGGCAAACAGCUAUUGAUCCUGCUGUGCUUUUUGGCUGGAGGAAGUGCUACGGACACGAAAGUCAAGGAUGUCAACGAGGAGCUUUCCGCAACCGCUUUCGAGUGCUUGAGCAGUCUCUUCCAGGCUUCGAAUGGCGCUGGUCUCGGUGCCAACUCCGUCGAUUCAAGGAAUAUCCCCAUCCUAGGUCAUACUGUUACGGUUAUGCUUGAUGGUGUCACAGACGGACCCUCGGUCAGUGUAAGAUUGUCUGCUUUGAAUGCGUUAGACUCUUUGGUCAUUGGUAUCACAGAUGAAGAGGCCCUCAAGGGCAUCUUUCCAGGAAUAGUAUCGUCGUUGACCAAGGUGCUGUCGUCUAAAAGUGGCUCAAAGCCGUCUUACAAGGUUCUUACUACGAGCCUUGGAAUCCUGACAACUAUCAUUUGCAAAGUCAUUGAUAAUGGUAAAAUUGAUGAUGAUUCUAGCAACGUUCAACAAGGUCAUGCGAUGACCACCAGACGCAGCAAGGGUGAGACGGGAUCUUGGGCUACAGCUACAUCAGCCCAGUUAAGAAUGGCUCUCGCCAACAUCUUGCCAUUACGGUAUCAUGACAGAUCAGAGGUGCAAGAAGCACUUAUGCAGCUAUGCACUUCGAUUAUACAGCAGUGCAGCAUAUCACUAUUGCAGUCUAUCCCAAUGUUGACCGAAACACUUGUGGCGCUUUGCAGCCAUUCUCGUGAUGGGGCCGCUGUCUUCAACCUUGGUAGCAUCUUCGCUACCAACGGCGGUCUACUUGACAUAAUCAAAAGCUCAUUGCACGACUGGAUUGUGGCUUUACCCAGAGUCAUGCAAUCGAAUGACGACACCAAGAAGAAAAGAACCAUUGAGCAAAUUUCCACAGCAUUCAAACUCCUCGAAAGUCAUGAUAUGAGCCUUGAAGUCUUGAAUGAUUCGAUGGCUGUCAACUUACGUGCGAGUGUGUCUGCCGCUAUCCAGGCGUCCCCAAGGGCACAUCUUGUUUCAGAAAGUAGCCUCGAAGUCUCACAAUUGAUACAGUCCGCCAAUACCGGUUCGAGAUCAGCGAUGAUUUUUCAGCCUGUGCUUUUCAGUGAGUCGAGCAGUCGUCCAACAAUGGUCGGGCUCCAAAUGCUGGCCGCCCAACUCCAGGAUACGCCAAUGUCCACCGGGUUCCAGCAAGACAUUGUCAAUACUCUGAGAACCACAUCUGGAGAAGAGCAGCUAGCUGGGCUCUGGCUGUCGCUGCAGCUCUUGAAUCGUCCAUCAGCAGAAUCAGCAAUGGUUGAUCAAUAUCUGAAUCUCCCGCCUGGCCAGGAUUCGCAAGACUUGCUGCUAGACGAUGUUUACUCCUUUUCACUGGACGUAUUAUCAAAAUCCACGUUCGAGGAUGAGGAUCGCUGGAAACUCCAGGCACUUGGCCUCGAAGCCGUAGCCAUGCAAGCCCGCAGCCAAAAAGAAGAUUUUCGCCCUGAGCUGGUUGACGCUCUCUACCCGAUUCUUGAGCGACUUGGAUCAAAUAAUGCAGCUCUUCAACAGCACGCCAUAACAUGUCUUAAUACCGUCUCCACCGUCUGCGAUUACCCGAAUUCUGCCUCCUUGAUCAUCGACAACGCCGACUACCUCGUUAAUGCUGUGACCCUCAAACUAAAUACCUUUGACAUCAGCCCUCAAGCACCCCAAGUCCUAGUCAUGAUGGUCCGAUUGUGCGGUUCGGCGCUGAUACCCUACCUCGACGACUUAGUUGAGUCAAUUUUCUCCAUUCUCGCCUGCUACCACGGCUAUCCCAAACUAGUUGAAUCGCUCUUCUCCGUUCUCAACGCCAUCGUUGAAGAAGCUGCCAAAUCAUCUACGCGGGCCAUCAAGUCGAGCAUUGACACCACAACCCGACCAAGAGUCUACAAGCCAUCCACUAUAGCAGACAUCGCUUCAUUCCUUAGCUCAAACUUAGUACACACCAACCACCCACUCUCAGCGCCGGCGUCCCCUCCGUCUCCAAAUUCAUUUAAAUCAUCUCUAUCGCAAAAGGACUUCGAGCCACUGGGAGAACCGGAUCAUUCACCAGAAGUCCCAGCAGAUCCUCCCGCCCCGGCCCCUUCAAAGACCUACACUCUCCUAACCUCUAUUACCAAUUUGGCACCUUCUCACCUGACCACUCCUUCGCCUCCCCUCCGCACACACAUACUCAACCUCCUCACCACUGCUCUCCCGGUCCUGGCUUCCAAUACCGAUACAUUCCUGCCCAUAGCAGCGCAACUCUUCUCCUCUAUCACUGCCCGCCUUUAUGAUCACGAAGCGUACACAACCCUUGCAGCAGCUAAUGCACUAGCUACGCUAUGUGAAUGCGCAGGAGACUUUCUGUUUACCAGAGUGGAAGAAGAGUGGGACAAACUGCUUGGAUUGUAUAAGAGAGUAGAAAGGGAGAUGAGAGAGGAAAACCGAAUCUACAGCAAAGGAAAGGGGAAAGUGCCUCGGGGGAUGAAGUGGAGGGUCUGGGACGGUGUGAUCCAUUUGCUGCUUCUGGUGGUGGGGGAUGUGGGGGUUAACGAGGAUAUGGAGGAUGGAGCCUUCGAGGCGCUUGGAGGUUUGGCAGGGGAAAGGAAAGACGUAAGAAGCGUCCUCGAAGGUUUGAAUGCAGAUGCGCUUUGGUUGGUCGAGGAGAAAGCGAGGAGGAACAAUGGUGGGGUGAAGCUGGAGAAGCCGGUGAAGCUGCAGGGGAUAGUGGGGUGGGAGUUCGCUGAUGUGGACUUAUGA